AUGGGCAACGGGCAGAGCACUCCCCUGCAGCAGUGCCUCAACACGGUCUGCAAUGGCCGGCUCGGCUGCGUCGCUUUCCCCUCGGACGCGCUGUACCAGGCCGCCUGGGUCAAGCCGUACAACCUCGACGUGCCGGUGACGCCCAUUGCCGUCUUCAAGCCUAGCUCGACGGAGGACGUGGCUGGCGCGAUCAAGUGCGCCGUGGCGAGCAAUGUUCAUGUGCAGGCCAAGUCGGGAGGGCACUCUUAUGCAAACUUUGGCCUCGGCGGACAGGACGGCGAGCUCAUGAUUGACCUGGCGAACCUCCAGGACUUUCACAUGGACAAGACGUCGUGGCAGGCGACGUUUGGCGCGGGCUACCGCCUCGGCGAUCUCGACAAGAAGCUACAAGCGAAUGGUAACCGGGCCAUUGCGCACGGCACCUGUCCCGGGGUGGGCAUCGGCGGCCACGCCACGAUUGGCGGUCUCGGUCCCAUGUCGCGCAUGUGGGGCAGCGCGCUCGACCACGUCCUCUCGGUGCAGGUCGUGACGGCCGACGGAUCGAUCAAGAACGCGAGCGAGAGCGAAAACUCGGACCUCUUCUGGGCGCUGCGAGGCGCGGGCGCGUCGUUUGGCGUCAUCACCAAGUUCACGGUCAAGACGCACCCGGCGCCGGGCUCGGUGGUGCAAUACACGUACAAGAUCUCUCUCGGGUCGCAGGCGCAGAUGGCGCCCGUGUACGCGGCGUGGCAGGCGCUGGCAGGCGACCCGAAGCUGGACCGGCGGUUCUCGACGCUCUUCAUCGCGGAGCCGCUCGGGGCGCUCAUCACGGGCACCUUUUACGGGACCAAGGCCGAGUACGAGGCGACGGGCAUCGCGGCGCGGCUGCCGUCGGGCGGCACGCUGGACCUCAAGCUGCUGGACUGGCUGGGCAGCCUGGCGCACAUCGCCGAGGUGGUCGGGCUGACGCUGGGGGACAUACCGACGUCCUUUUACGGCAAGUCGCUGGCGCUGCGCGAGGAGGAUAUGCUGGACCGGACGAGCAUCGACGGGCUGUUCCGGUACAUGGGCGACGCGGACGCGGGCACGCUGCUGUGGUUCGUCAUCUUCAACUCGGAGGGCGGCGCCAUGGCCGACACGCCCGCGGGCGCCACGGCGUACCCGCACCGCGACAAGCUCAUCAUGUACCAGUCGUAUGUCAUCGGGAUACCGACGCUGACCAAGGCGACGCGCGACUUUGCCGACGGCGUGCACGACCGCGUGCGCAUGGGCGCGCCGGCCGCCAACUCGACGUACGCGGGGUACAUUGACAGGACGCUGUCGCGCGAGGCGGCGCAGGAGUUUUACUGGGGCGCUCAGCUGCCGCGGCUGCGCGAGGUGAAGAAGGCGUGGGAUCCGAAGGACGUGUUUCACAACCCGCAGAGCGUGGACCCGGCCGAGUAG